AGUCUGGUCACAUUGUCUGAAAAACAGCUGUUGCUUAUAUACUUUCUGCGAGUGCAUUCUACAUUGUUUAUGUUUUUACUUUCGGUUUUGAGAGUAUUUUGAAAUGAGCAAAACUAUUUUAGAUCUUAAUGAUGAUUGCAUUGAGUGUUUAUUUAAAUGUCUUCCGAUUGAUACUCACCUGAGCUUCGCAAGAGUUUGCACACGUUUUCGAAACGUUUGGCUGAAUUAUCGUAAAUACAUAUAUGCUCGACUUGAGGUUGGAGAAACAAGCGCUGAAGGAUUUCAACAAGAGCUGUUGUUACUGCGACAAAUAAGUGAACAUGUAAAGCAUUUAACUAUAAAUAUGAACAGGAACUUCGACUGGAGUGGGGCGCCAUUAGCACAGUUCAUGGCAAUCCUACCAAAUAUGUCUGCACUUGAACGUGUUUUACUCUGGAUUAAGGAAAAUGAAUCACAUAAGACUUAUGAAUGUAUCCUGCGAGCUCUUGAGCUAUUGCCAAGGAUGCAAGGAAUUGCCACCUAUCAAGAUAGUUGGUUACCCAAACAAAAAGUAAUCCAUUGAGAUAUUUAUUUAUAGCUUUCUUUCAGAUAACGUUAUUGAUAGUGUGUAUCAGUUCAACGACUGUGAAAGCCUGCUUAGGGAAUCGGCUCACAGUAGAGACCCGCUCAUGGAAUUCAUUGAAAACCAUACGAAAAUACGCGUGUUGCUAUUCAAUGAUGCAUCCAUUCGGCCAACUCUUGAGGAUCUUGUGCGGCACUCAACGUGUGUUAAGGAGCUCACUUUUCGCAUGACCCAAAAGGCUGCUGAGUACGUGCCUCUGGCUGAACUGCCUGCGCUAAGGGAGCUACAUAUCUUUGGCAAUGGCCAGCAACAGGAUUGCUGCCCUCUGCUACCAUUAGUAAAAGCAAUAUCCUCCAAGCUAUCCCAGCAACUGCACACCUUAACGAUUAAUGCGCCUGGACUUGGCUAUCCAGAAGCCUGUGAAAUUGCACGUAUAAAUAGUUUGCAGCGAUUGGAUUGCCAUCUUACAGAUCCACAGUGCCUGGAACCUUUGAUUGCUCUCAAUCAGCUCACUGAGUUAUUUAUACAGCUGCCAGACUGUAGUCCUAUCGACGACUUGGUUUUAGAUAUAAUGAAACAUUGCCAGAAGCUAAAUGUUUUAAGAAUAGAUUUACCAAACUUAGGCUCAAAUUUUCUUGCUGAGGCUUAUAAAUUGCUGCAACAAGUGCGAGAUCCAAGCAAACAGGAGCCAUUAAUACUUCUGCUGGGCAUCAAUUGUACAAAUUUAGACAAGAAUAUGAAUAGUUAUUUAAAGGUAAUACGCCAAGAAUAACAAUUAGAAGUGCUCUAGUCGAGACUGCCCAAUAUCCUGAUUCCUGCGUCCUGAUGAAGAAUAUAUAUGGGGUGUGUCGCGCCUCCAUCUGCCUGAUAUUUUAAGUUCAAUGGAUUCAGGACAUAAAAAGACGUCAGUUGAUUUUUUAGUUUGAUUGAACUAGUUUAAUAGCAUAAGAGGAUAAAUAGAUAGGAAAUAAAUUGUAUUUAGUCAAAUUAAAAUAAAUUGUUAUUCAAACGGCAUGCGACUGCAAUAUAAGAAUGUCAUAAAAAUUAAUAUUAAUUAAAUCAAUAUAUUGUAUAUAGAUUAGAUAUAUUAAAGACGCAAUUUUCCAGAUUGAA